UGAUGAUUUGUUUUCAAUCAAAACUUAAUUUGCAUUUCGUUGCAUCGUGGUGGUUUGAGGAUCUUGCGAAAAACAAGAAAAUGGACACUGCAUCUAACCCCAAGAAAAGAAAGAUAGAAGAAAAUGACGUUAAAGAGAAUGGAAACAUUUAUCAGAGUAAUAAGAAGUUUGACGAUGACAUUAUCCUACCAACAUCGCUCUCUUUCACCACGUCUUUGGAAAAUCUUCAGUCACCCCUGAAAGUCAUUAAGGAGAAUGGCGGAACCGUUUUGCGAGUGGAGUCACGACCAUCCAAACAUGAUGCAGCAAAGCAAGAUUUUCUGGUCAACCUUGACGAGAAUGACAACCUUGGAGAUAUUUGUGAAAAGAUUAUGAGUAAGCUUAAACCAGUUGUGGCGAAUGUUCAAAAGCACGGAGGAGAUCCAGUGCCAUGGUUCCCAAGAACAAUUGGCGAUCUAGACCGGUUUGCAGACAGAGUGCUGAGCUAUGGAGCAGAACUCGACUCAGAUCACCCUGGCUUCACAGACAAAGUAUAUCGAGAAAGGAGAAAGGAAUUUGCUGAUAUUGCCAUCAAUUACAAGCAUUACCAAGAAAUCCCUACCGUUCAAUAUACUGAAGAGGAAGUCAAGACUUGGGGGACAAUUUUCAAGAAAUUGACUACGUUAUUUCCAUCCCAUGCUUGCAAAGAAUUGAAUUCUGUUUUUCCAGAGCUUGUGAGUGACUGUGAUUACAGGGAAGACACCAUUCCUCAACUGAGCAAAGUCUCAAAUUUUUUGAAAAGAAAAACAGGUUUUACACUAAGACCUGUUGCUGGUCUUUUAUCAUCAAGGGAUUUUUUGGCUGGUCUGGCUUUUCGUGUCUUUCAUUCCACACAAUACAUCAGGCACUCCUCUGUCCCGAUGUACACCCCUGAGCCUGAUGUAUGUCACGAACUCAUCGGUCAUGUCCCACUGUUUGCUGAUCCAGAAUUUGCACGAUUUUCCCAGGAAAUCGGCUUGCUGUCACUUGGAAUAUCGGACGAGUGGGUCACGAAACUUGCAACGCUUUACUGGUUCACUGUGGAAUUUGGUCUGUGCAGACAACAGGGUGAGAUGAAAGCUUACGGAGCUGGACUCCUUUCAUCAUUUGGAGAAUUACAGUAUUGCAUUGAGAGUAGUGAAUGCGAGAGACGGGCCUUUGAUCCAGAGAAAGCUUGUGUUCAGGAGUACCCCAUUACCAAAUUUCAACCCGUGUAUUUUGUGGCAAACAGCUUUGAUGAUGCCAAAGAGAAAUUGAGAUCUUGGGCUGCACACAUACCAAGGCCAUUCCAUGUUCAUUAUAAUCCAUACACCCAGUCAGUGGAAAUAAUCGAAAACAAAGAGCAAUUGGUUGAUGUCAUUGCUGAUCUCAAAUCACAAAUUGGCAAUCUUAUGGAUAUCGCCAGUAGUAUGAACUAAACCAGAAGCAACUUAAUUCAAGGAAGUUUAUAAUGGCCAUUUGUUUGGAUUUUUUGGUUUUGUCGGUAGUGAGGUGUAAUUAAUGUCUGAAGUUUGUCUUUUAAAAACAUGGGUAGAAUAUUUUGUAGUUUAGUAUUGCAGUGAAUUUUUUAAUUUUUAGCACAUCGAUUGUACUUUUACUUCGAAGUUGAUAUUUCAUUAUCUUUAUAGGUUCCCUCUUUUCUGAUUAUUCUAACUUGAAGAGGUUUCACCAUUUUUUAUCAUAUGCUUGCAAUUUUUUUGUAAAUGGAAAGAGUGUGACAGUAUAACUUGAAUGAGCGUGAUAUGGAUUUGAGAAAAGGUUACUGAAUGUAGAUAUUCCAUUAUCUUGAUUAGAAUGUAAUACACCCUAAAAGUAUUGAAAUAUUCCUUGCUCUUCAGUAUUACUUUGCAUCUAUUUAGUUUGCAUUAUGUAUUUCCCGUUAAAUAUAUUUAAAUUUUAAAUUUCUCCUGAAAGGAUAUUUAUAAGCAGCAAUAUUUUAUUUCUGUCGUAAAUAUUUUUCUUGAAUAAAUAAAUUUAGUUCUUUCUUGAAUUUCAGUUCAAUUGUAAGAAAAUAUGAUAAUCCAGGUCAUUGAAAACCUAAUUUGGUUAAUGAAAUGCUGAAAGUCUUUUUGGA